AUGGACUCACAUCAUAGAAAUCAACUCUCUCCUAUACAUGAAACAUCCACAACAGCUAGCUUAACAGAUACAGAAGAUAGUGCAUAUGAUAAAUAUGGAUUAGAUGAAUUAUUUGAUCAACUAAGGAAAUCAAAUUCAAAUAAAACAAAUAAAGUUGAUAAAGAAGAAGAUGGUGAUGAAUUUAGUAAAAUUAAAAAAUCUAUUGCUAAACUACCCAAAAUUCAAGAAAAUGAUGAAACAUUAUCUGAUAAUUUUUCUAAAUCAAGAACAUCUGAUAAUAAGACUAAAUUUGGAGGAAAUAUUUCUAUAAUAAAUGAUUCUAUUCAAAUUUCCAAAAAACCAUCAACCAAUGUAAAGGAAACUUCAGGUUCAAAAUGGUUUGAUAUGCCAAAGGGAGAAUUAACACCAUCUAUCAAGAGAGAUUUGAAAAUCUUGGAACAAAGAGCUGCAUUAGAUCCAAAGAGACACUAUAAAAAAGAUAAAUGGAAAACUCCUGAAUUUUUCCAAAUUGGUACUAUUGUUGAAGGUAAUACAGAAUAUUAUUCUGCAAGAUUGAAAAAUAAAGAACGUGAACAAACUAUCCUGGAAAGUGUUAUGAAUGAUGAAGAUACAAAACAUUAUUUUAAAAGAAAAUAUGAUGAAGUUCAAAUAAAGAAAACUUCUGGUAAAAAAGCUCAUUAUAAAAAAGUUAAAGAAGCAAGACGUAAGUUUUGA